AUGACUAUAGUAAAAGACAAUCCAUUUCACACCUAAUACUUAUCUAAUAGGGAUCAUACUACUCCUCUUUAUAAAAGUUCACCUCCUCCAUCCAAUUCAUAUUAAUAUUAACAUUAAAUAUAUUCUCACAUAUAUAGUCUUAAACUUACUUUAUUGAUAAAAUUCCAAAAGAGCAGUUGCUAGUUUACCUGCAAGCAAAACAUAAACAAUAACAUAAUUUAAAACAAAUAUAAUUUUUUAAUCUUUUAUAUACUUACUAACUUCAUUACCAAAAAAAACUCACAAUUUGUUGUUUAACUAGCUCUUAAGUAAUUCAACAAUGGACUAAAUAAAUAUAUUAACUAUAAAAAAAUCAAUUAGUAAUCAAACUUUGUCCUUUUAUUUGUAAGAAUUUACAAAUUCAAUUCACAAAAAGUUUGCUCAUAUAAAAGAUUAAAUUUUAACUUUUUAAAUUAACCUAAAUCCUAAUUAAACUUGUUAAUUCUCAGCUAGGAUUGCUUCUACUUACCUAUCUAGUUUAGAUAGAAUGAAAAAUUAAUCAACAAAAAAUAAUUAACAACUAAUGGAAAUGAAGAAUUCGCAGAUCAAAAAGAAUUUAAGAUAAUAAACUAAAAAUAAUAAAAUAAUUACAAAAAACUCAAAUUCUAACUUUAUCUCCUCAAUUACUCUGCAUUUCUUUUUGUGGCUUGCGAGGGUUUAUAUCCUUGUAUUUAUAGAUUUUUCCUUCCUCUCAAAUGCUUGCCAUGA